AUGGAGAGUGGAAACGAGGAGUUGGAGAUGGGAGGGUCUAAUGGGGUUGCAGCGAGCUCACGGUGGAACCCUACAAAAGAGCAAAUAAGCAUGCUAGAGAACCUGUAUAAGCAGGGAAUAAAGACUCCCAGUGCUGAGGAGAUACAGCAGAUAACUGCUAGGCUUAGGGUGUAUGGUCACAUCGAAGGAAAGAAUGUCUUCUACUGGUUUCAGAAUCACAAAGCUAGGCAGAGACAGAAGCAGAAGCAAGAAACCAUCGCUUACUUCAAUCGCUUUCUUCAUACUCCCCAGCCCUUUUCUUCUCCGCCAAUUUGCCCAAAUGGCCUGUGCCCCCCAUAUUGCAUACCUCAGGCACAGAAUGAAGUUGGGUUUUAUCCCCCACAUCCAAAGGUGCUUGUACCCGUAGGUUUUAGGAGGAGCCCAUCUGAGAUAUUUGUGCCCACAGGCAUGUCAAACACGAUCAGCAAUGGCCCGCUUGUAUGCGAUGGCAUGCAACAGAGAAUCUCGGAUUGUAACUUCAGCUACAGUAACCAAGAAACGUUGGAUCUCUUUCCUCUGCACCCAACUGGUAUUUUGGAAGGGAAAACAACAGACCAGGUGUCUUCUCUGGCUUCAGUUUCUGCUGAUAGCUCCACUGAUACACCUUCUACGCCUUCUCCUGAUAUCAACGAAGAUGAUACUUCUCCACUAAACCAACCCUUUUUCGAUUUUUUUACUACUUCUGGACAAGGUUCUUAA